UACCAAUCUAAGGCCACCAAGGUAGUAAAGACAGUGAUAGCAAAUCUCAAAGCAGCUCAAGCUCCUAGUACUGCUAAAGUUAAUGUAGCUACUCAUAUCCAAACACCUACUCGAGAAGCUCUCAAAGACACUGGUCUAGAUAACCAAGCCACUGCCAUUGCCGCUGCUUUCACAGAACCAGAAUCAUCUGGAACUGGACUUAAUAUUCAAGAUAAUAGUACUCAAAUCACUGCAGCUCUCCAAUUACUCGAAGAUGAAGGUAAACCCAAACAUGAUGCCAUCGAUGCAGUCCAAGCCAAAAUUGAAGCCGCUGUUGCCAAAGCUGUAGUAACUAAGGUCAUAGCUGCUCUCAAAGAAGAUGAAGCUGCUGAUGGUAAAGUUGAUGAAGAAACUCAUCUCACAACUCCCACCACAACUGUCCUCACUAAAGUCAAUCUCCAAUCUCAACUCCAAGAAGUUGUCGAAGCUCUCAAAGGACAAAUUAGCUUUGUGGAAGGUGGUACUACUCAAGUCUCUGCAGCUCUCAAUGCACUUCGAACUAGUACUAGUAAUGAUCAACCCAAACAAGAUGCCAUCAACGCAGUCAAAACCCCACUCAAAGCCACUCUUGUUCAAUCCACCAGAGAUAUCACCGAACCUGCAACAAAUGUUCUCUCAAAGGUCAAACUCCAAGCUCAGGCCACUCAAAUUCCCACAGCUCUAACUAAAGUCAGUAUUCGAGCUGAUACUACUCUAAUAGCCCAAGCCAUCAACAAACUCACAGAAAAUGCUACUAAAACUAAUGCCAUCGACCAAGUCCAAAAAAAACUCAAAGCUGAUAAUGCCAGAGCCCAAUUCAUUAGUCUAUUCCACAUUAAGGGCACUGAUGGCUACAGUAGUCUAAAUAAUGCUGAGUGGUACAUUAUGUUUCCAUUUCUCAUGGUCCUAGUUGGCAUGGGACUUGUCUACUGCAUAUAUCCUGCCAUAGCUCCUGGAAUGAUUGUUCCAUUUUACCUCGUGGAUAAGAUUGAGAUGGUUCUGUUGAUAGCUACCAUAUUUCCAGCUCUGUAUGUAGCAAUUGCCAGAAGUGGUAAACUGAUACCAGGUUUUGGUGGUUUCUUUGAUCCCGUGUCUCCUACAUGUAAUUGGGGAGCCACCAAUAAACCUGUUUGGCUACCAAGUGAUUUAGGCACUGGAUACCACUGGCACCUAACUGACCUAGUGAUUCCCACCAUGAUCAUUUUAGCCUAUUUAUUUAUUUACUCACUGCAUUACAGAGACUCAUCAGUUGCCAGAUCAAUCAUCAACCAACCCAAAAUGUCUACAUGUCUAACCAUUCUAUUCUAUAUGUGUCAUGAGAUCUCAUUGGCUGUAGGAUUUCCAGGUAUCUUUGGUGGUAAUGGAGGUGGUAGCAUCUUAGCCCUAACGGCACAGUUGAUGGGUGCAUUUCUGAUGUGUCUGUUAGCUCCAUAUUCUGAAGGUUACAUUAUUGAGUAUAAGAGACAUGAUCCUAGCAAUUGGCCUACAGCAGGAAUGACUAGGUGGAAUGCCCUUAGGUACUGGACCAAACAGGCCUCCAAGAACUGCAAUAAGAACCUAGCAGCAUUGUUCACCAAGGACCUGAGAAGAGACCUGUUACUAUGCAUAGAAAGAAAUGAGCUAAUCUAA